AUGGCUGAACGCCGCUCGAUGCUACAGCACUCUCGCCGAGAUCUCAGUCACUGCGCGGCGAAGCUCAAGGCUCGAGGCAUUGAGGCCCGUAACGUCAAGCGUCGUGCGGAGAUGGCUACCUCCCUGAUGAAGAAGCGUGGACUGGAGGGUCGGGAUAUCACGACACUCCUCAACACAACUCAUCACUCCUCCGAGGACUACACCACGGAUACUCCUGAGACGACCAUUUUUGCCAGCAACGGAUCUUGUGUCCUGAGCCCCGAGGUCACAGAGGGACCAUACUACGUCGCUGGAGAGUAUGUCCGUCAGGAUGUGGUUGAGUCUCAGGCCGGCGUUGCAAUGGCCAUCGAUGUCCAGGUCUUGGAUGUCGAGACCUGCGAGCCUGUCUCUGGUGCUUACCUCGAGGUGUGGCACUGCAACUCCACCGGAGUCUACUCCGGCGUCUCCGCCAGCGGCAACGGCAACUCUGCCAGCGACACGUCCAACCUGAACGCAACCUUCCUCCGCGGCGUGCAGCCCACCGACGCCGACGGUGUUGCGCAGUUCGACACACUGUUCCCGGGCCACUACACGGGCCGCACCACGCACAUCCACGUCAUGGUGCACCUGAACGCGACGCCCUUCGCGAACAACACGCUCAUCGACACGACCGCCUCGCACGUCGGCCAGAUGUUCUUCGACCAGGACCUGAUCACCGAAGUCGAGGCCACCUCCGUCUACGCCGCCAACACCCAGACGCUCACCACCAACGCCGAGGACAGCAUCCUGGCCGAGGAGGCCGAGACCAGCGACCCCUUCAUGACGUACGUCCUGCUGGGCGACACGGUCGAGGACGGUCUUCUGGCGUGGUUGGCAUUUGGCGUCAACACGACCCUGAGCAAGGAGGUCAGCGCCGCUGCGACGUUCUACGAGUCGGGUGGCCAGGCCAACCCCAAUGCUGGCGGCGGUGGCCCUGGCGGUUCGCCCCCGAGCGGUUUCCCGUCUGGAGGAUUCCCCAGCGGAACCGGCGCACCACCAGCUAGCACCUCGAGCGCCUAA